AGUGGCUUCAGAUUCUUCAACUCUCCACAGAAACUCCAUCCCUCUCUCUAAGCCUCAUUUUUUCAAGAAAAUGGGUAGCCUUGAAACAGAGAGAGAAAUUGUAGGAUGGGCAGCAACAGAUUCAACUGGGCAUCUAGCUCCUUACACCUAUAGUCUCAGAGAUACGGGGCCAGAAGAUGUUUUUAUCAAGGUUAUCAGCUGUGGAAUUUGCCAUACCGAUAUCCACCAAAUCAAAAAUGAUCUUGGCAUGUCACACUAUCCUAUGGUCCCUGGCCAUGAAGUGGUUGGUGAGGUUGUUGAGGUGGGAUCAGAUGUGACAAAGUUCAAAGUUGGAGAUGUUGUUGGUGUUGGAGUCAUCGUUGGAAGCUGCAAGAAUUGUAAUCCAUGCAAAUCAGAGCUUGAGCAAUACUGCAACAAGAAAAUCUGGUCUUACAAUGAUGUCUACACUGAUGGCAAACCCACCCAAGGAGGCUUCGCUGAAUCCAUGGUUAUCGAUCAAAAGUUUGUGGUGAGAAUUCCUGAUGGGAUGUCACCAGAACAAGCAGCGCCGCUGUUGUGCGCUGGAUUGACAGUUUACAGCCCACUUAAACACUUUGGACUGAAACGGAGUGGGCUAAGAGGAGGGAUUUUAGGACUUGGAGGAGUAGGACACAUGGGAGUGAAGAUAGCAAAAGCAAUGGGACACCAUGUAACUGUGAUUAGUUCUUCUGAUAAGAAGAGGGAGGAGGCUUUGGAACAUCUUGGUGCUGAUGAAUACUUGGUCAGCUCGGAUGUGGAAAGCAUGCAAAAAGCUGCUGAUCAACUUGACUAUAUCAUCGAUACUGUGCCUGUGGUUCACCCUCUCGAGCCUUACCUUUCUCUAUUGAAACUUGAUGGCAAGCUGAUCUUGAUGGGUGUUAUUGGUGCCCCAUUGCAGUUUGUUACGCCUAUGGUUAUGCUUGGGAGAAAGUCAAUCACCGGGAGCUUCAUAGGGAGCAUGAAGGAGACAGAGGAGAUGCUUGAGUUCUGCAAGGAAAAGGGAUUGGCCUCCAUGAUUGAAGUGAUCAAAAUGGAUUAUAUCAACACAGCAUUCGAGAGGCUUGAGAAAAAUGAUGUGAGAUACAGAUUCGUUGUCGAUGUUGCUGGUAGCAAGCUUAUUCCCUGAACAACAAUACUAUUCAUAUUCGAAAAAACGCGAUAUACAUUGAUACCUGUUUCAGACCGUGACUUUAUUUUGGAGUGAAUGUGUUUUGUUGUUCAAACGUGACAGUUUGUCCUUGCUUUUAAAAUAAAGAAAAAGUCGAGUUGUUUUUUUAUUUUCAUUAAUGAGUAUGCGUUACCUUGUAAUUGAAUGCGCUGUGUAUCUGGUGAUCUGUCCCAUAAACUAAUCUCUUGUGGCAAUGAAAGAUGACGAACUUUCUGAAAA